AUGUCUUGGGUCGUCGAGUACAUGCUCGGCUUCCACAACUGGUGGAACAAGAUCAACGCGGUCAAGGAGGACAUUUUGAACCAGAAACUCGCCUUACUUCAGUCAUCCUCUUCCUCUUCCACCACCUCGUCGACACACCAACAAAACCCGCCUCUCCUUCGACUCGGCAUCCUCUCCGCCGCCGCCAUCAACUACACCGCCAUCUGGGACCCCGUCUCGACACACCCGGACGUGGUCAUCACCGGUCUCGCGGCCCGGGACAAGGCGCGCGCAGAGGCCCAGAUCGCGAGCAACAAACGCUUCUUGCCCUGCGAGUGCAAGGCCUACGGGUCGUACACGGCGCUGCUGGACGCCGACGAUGUCGACGCCGUGUACAUCGCCGCGCCGAACGGGUUGCAUUACAAGUGGGCGCUCGAGGCGCUCGCGCGGGGCAAGCACGUCCUGGUCGAGAAGCCCAUUGCAUCCAACGCACGCCAGGCCCGAGAGUUGCGCGACGCCGCCGCCGCGGCCACGGCGAGAUAUGCACGCCGGAUCGUCCUCCUCGAGGCCUUUCACUGGCGCUUCCACCCCAGCGUCCACGUGGUCAAGCAGCUCCUCCUGGACGGGCAGUACGGGCGUGUCCUCGGUGUGGACGCCCGCGCCAUCCUCCCCGGCGGCGUGCUCGGCACGGACGACAUCCGCUUCCAAUACCGCCUGGGCGGCGGGUGCUGCAUGGACCUGACGUACGUGUUCAGCGCCAUCGCGUACUUUGCCGCCCGCGACGUCGCGGACCCGAACCUCGAGUUCGAGGUCGUCGACGCCAACGCCCGUCUGAACCGCUCGGACCCCUUGGUCGACGAGGCCGUCGAGGCGACGAUCCGCAUCAGAGAUCCCAACCCUUACCCUCGCCCCGAAACCUACGCUAGCGAAAGCCCCAGCGACGGCAAACUACCCGCAGAGAUCACAGCAACCCUGGCCGCCGACCUCGCGCAGCCCAAGCUCUUCGGCCUGAUCCCCAAGCUCUGGGCCGUCAGCGCCCCGACCGUGACGAUCCAGUGCGAACACGCCGAGAUUGUCUUUGAGAAUUUCAUGGGGCCCUGGACCACGCAUAAGAUCUCCGUCGUGCCUGUGGCGCGUGACCCGGCUACUAAUAAGAUUGUCGAGCGAGGGGCAAGUCAGUCGGGUGUGUCGGGCGUGAAACCGGCGACGCUCAAGCAGUUCAAGGGCGGGCCGCUCUGGGAUCGCGAGUUGAAUUCCGCCUCGGAGGCAGCGAACAGUGGUGGUGGUGGUGGUGGUCAAGAGUGGUGGACCACCUACCGGUGGCAGCUCGAGGCGUUUGUCAGGAUGAUUCGCGACGGUCAGGACGACUCGGGUACUCACCGCUAUAAAGGUCCCUGGGUCGACGUGGCCGAGAGCAUUCGCGUCAUGGAAAUGAUCGAUAGCACCUAUGAGAAGUUGGGGCUGCCGCUUCGGGGGGUGGAGGGAGAUGGGUGA